AGGAGGAGGAGCUGGUAACAAAAUUUCUGUCAAAAGAUUGUUGUAAUAAUAAAUGUCAUACACUGAUACCACGGGAAAUGAUCGAGAGUACGCGGAACAAUUGUUUAGAGAUGUCGAAAAAUGAACUUGAUUUAGUGAUACUAAGUCACAUCGAAGCUGGAAUUAUAAGUAACGAAAAGCUAGAAAGUGUAUACGCAAAGCUUGCUGUGCGGAAGAAAUAUAGACUGAGACGGGACACAGAAGUUAUGAGGCAUAAAAUUACAUUUACCUUCUACAGAGUACCUGUUUGUCGUUCGUUUCUCCUUUUUGUACAUGCGUGUGGGAAGAAGCGUUACGAACACUUAGUACGUCAUUUUACCGCACAGGGUGUAACAGUGCACCAACACGGACUGUCAAAUAAACCGAGUACGCAUUCAAAGUCAUUUAAACCGGCUGACAUCGAAAAGCUGUUAAAUUCAUCGAGUCUAUAGCCGAUUUAAUGGCUCUUCCACUGCCCGGACGACUCCCAAAAUUUAAGGAUUUUCGGAUAAUGAAACUGCCAUCCAGCGAGACGAAGUCCUCAAUUUAACGAAAAUAUAUUUCUUCACUCAGUGAUGACGAAUUGAUGAUGAGAUAUGGUCCAAAGACAUACCCUACAUUACAGUUAUGAAACCAGCGGAUGAUCUCUGCGAUGUCUGCCGUGGAAACGCAAUAUCGAUUGCGCAAAGGUAUUACUGACAUUGAACGCGAACAGAAGCUUAAUCAAUUUCUUGAUCACCUCCACCGGAGCCGAAAUCAACGAGAAUAUUAUCAAAGUUGGUGCAGAAAUAUUGACCCUACAGCAGUCGAUCUGUCAUUUGGUUUUGCCCAAACCGUUCACUACCCGGUCAGUCCACAACAACCUGGUACAGCAUACUUCAAAGCAACCAAGAGGUGCGGAGUCUUCGGAAUUACACACGAAAAACAAAAAGUUCAGUACAAUUACAUGCCAGACGAAAAAUAUGACGUUGGUAAAGGACCGAACUGUGUUGUGAGCAUCCUGCAUUAUCACCUGGAAACCUACUAUAAAGACAUUGAAACACUUGUUCUUUUCUGUGACAAUUGUGUUGGGCAGAAUAAGAAUAACACUGUGCUAUCAUAUCUGCAAUGGCGUUUGGCUCGGGGUCUUAACAAAACUAUUUUAUUCAAUUUUCUACUUACAGGGCACACUAAGUUCGCGCCUGAUCGUUACUUCGGUAUUUUCAAAAGUAAGUAUGCUGUCAGUCGCAGUAUGCAGAUUUACUACAGUGUGUCGAGGCAUCAUCACCUGGGGGUUAUAAUAAAGAUGUAUCGCCUGAAAAAGUCGUCUGACAGUGAAGAAGUGCAGUCCUCUAAGCUUCUAUUAAAACCUAUCGAACCUGAAAUGCCGAAAGAUAUACAACCAGCCGGUUUAUCUUUGGAACGUCAGUGGUACAUCUAUCACAAUCUUCGCAGCUUAAUUUCGAAUAUAUGUAAAGUAGAUAUUGUGGCUCCAUUGCCGAAAGAUUUGCCAUCGAAGAAACGCAAGGCAAAAGCUAGUGAAGAUGUUCUCAAACCAGACGAGGAAGCAGGCCCAUCUUCCUCAGGAUCAACACGUAAAAAGAACUCAAGGAAAACGACAACAAAGAAAAAUACAUAA